AUGUCACAUAGCAGGGCCUUUAACACCAACACUUCGUCAUCGUCAUCCUCCUCAGCUGCUGCUGCGGGCUUCCGCCACUUCCGAGCAGGGGAGCCAAUAGAUGAGGGAGAGGCGGCCCGCACUUGGGAAUCGUUGAAGUCAGCAAUACAACAAAUACACAAUCACAAUGCAAGUCAUUUAUCUUUUGAGGAACUCUAUCGGAAUGGGUAUAAUUUGGUCUUACAUAAGUACGGUCUGAAGCUGUAUAAAGGGGUGGAGGAGACAGUGAGCCUACAUCUAAUGGAGGUCUCUAAGCGCUGUAUUGAAAGUCCUGAUGAGGAUCUACUUGCUCGUUUGAAAGUGGAAUGGGAGGAUCAUAAGAUGACCAUGGGCAUGAUACGGGAUAUACUUAUGUAUAUGGAUCGCAACUAUGUGAGGCAACACCCCGAACAGUGUGUACCUGUCUAUGAUAUGGGAUUGAGAUUGUUCCGGGACACCGUAAUAGGGCAUGCACGAGUCAGGGAUAGGGCGAUUGGGCAGAUCCUGGCUGAGCUCCGUCGUGAACUCCACGGCGAGACGAUAACAGAUCCACACCUUAUCAAGACGGUGUUGUCUAUGCUUGUGGAGCUCUCUAGUAUACAAACCCUACCCUCACAGAGAAGUGUGCCUGAAACAGGUUAUCGUGCUGAUCAAUCCUUGCAAGCCACUUCUCCUUCUCCCUCUGAUAUGCGCCCGGUGAUUUACGUCGAGGUUCCAUCACCGAUGCAAAGCGCGAACGACUACUAUUCUUGGUUCGAGAUCAACUAUCUGGCCCUCAUACGCGACUUUUACACGCGAGAAGCCAACGAAUAUAUAAAUCGGCAUACAGUUGGAGAAUAUCUUGAAAAAGCUAACAGCCGAAUGCGGCAGGAAAAGAGGCGAGUUGAGACCUAUAUGGACCGAAAUCAGACUAUGCCUAAGGUUCAAGAGGUGCUCGACUCAGUAUGGCUUGGCCGUCACUAUAAGAGUCUCAUCCAACAGGAGAGUAGUGGUUGUAAGGUUAUGUUUGCCCAAGCCAGAGUGUCCGAACUCCGACUGAUGUAUUCUCUCUUCUCCCGAAUACCCGACGCCCUUAGUGACAUAGCGACCGUUAUGCAACAGAGCAUAAGCACAGCGAUUGCCGAUCUGAUCGCUGACGAGAGCACCGUGAACGCUCCGGUGUCUUUCGUGGAGAAACUACUCUCUCUUCGAGAGAGGUUCGAGAGGAUCGUGUCUCAAGCCUUUCGAGGCUCAUUGGAGUUCUCCAAUCACAUGAAGAUGGCAUUUGAGAAUUCCCUCAAUAACGGCCCGAAAUGCGCCCAUUAUCUGAGCCUUUAUCUGGAUGAACUACUGCGGAAAAAGUUGAGAGAUAUGACCGAUGCAGAUUUCCACUCUAACGUUGAUCAAGUUAUCAGCGUCUUUCGGUACCUUAUUGACAAGGAUGUCUUCGAGUCAUAUUAUCGAUCGAGCUUGUGCCGACGCUUACUCAACUCUAAGCCAUCGUCAGCGAACGUGGAGGAAGCAGAGAAGUUGGUGGUGACUAAAUUGAGAGCAGAGUGUGGCCAACAAUACACGUCGAAACUAGAAGGCAUGUUGAAGGACGUCAGCUUGAGCCAAGUAGGGGAUAAUAUCCUGAACUUGUUUCGUAACCUAUCUGUGUCGUCUUCUUGUCAGGUCUGCACCUCGGGCUUUUGGCCGACCCACACACCUCCAAGAUGUGACAUACCUGUGGACAUGAAGUCCUUGAUCGACAGGUUUGAGACGUUCUAUCUAUCGAAACACAGUGGACGGAAGCUCACGUGGUUAUUCAACUACGGCACUGGUGAGCUACGCGGUAUUGCUAGAGGAACGAUUCCAAUACUCUUCGCUGUGGUUGUCACUGAUUACUUUGCCUCAGUCGAUAUUCGGAGUAGGGCAGGGCGUAGCCCACAUGUCCUCACCGUGAGUACUUACCAAGCGAUGAUACUCCUCAUGUUCAACUCAUUGGAAUCACUGAGCGUGAAUGAGAAGUCCGAACGGGAAGAUGACGCGGAAAUCAAACGGCAUCUCAUGAGCCUUUAUGUGAAUCCGAGAGUGCGAGUGUUGUUGCGAGAGAGUCCACAGUCAUCUAAGGAGCCCAUUUCUGGUGACAUCUUCCGGGUCAAUACUGAGUUCGAGUCCCGUGUCCGAAGCGUUAAGGUACCGCUGAUAGCUCUCGCAAACAAUAAAGAUGGAGCCGCAGAAUCUUCGUCAAGUGGCAACGCGAUCCCUCAAGUUGUAGAGGAGGACCGAAAGCACAUCGUUGAGGCCGUCUUGGUACGUAUUAUGAAGAGCAGGAAGCAGUUGGAUCACAACUCACUGGUCGUCGAGGCAACCGAACAACUCUCGCAGAGGUUUCGGCCAACCCCUCAACUCAUAAAACAGCGCAUCGAGCACUUGAUAGAACGAGAUUUCCUUGAACGCUGUCCCCAUGAUCAUAAGACGUAUAACUACUUAGCCUGA